UGAAGAGGGGAAACAGAACAAGAGGAGGGGAACCCGGUAGUUUCCAGAGCAAAUGUUUCCGGCCGAGGUCAUUUUGAGUGAGGGCCGGUGUUAAGUCGGUACUUGCGCGCUUUGUCAACAAUCCCCAAAGCUUUAUACUCUUUCGUCUUUGCCGUGGAAAACACAAUGGCUGUUCCAGGUCCAAACAAGGACAACAUCAGAGCUGGGUGCAAGAAAUGUGGUUACCCGGGCCACUUAACGUUUGAGUGCCGAAACUUUGUCAGAGUCGACCCCCAGAAAGACAUUGUUCUGGAUGUGAGCAGCACCAGCAGUGAGGAGAGUGAUGAAGACAUACCUACAGCUCAGCGCAAUGAGAAGCUGGGGCGAAGUGGCCAGCGUCGCAGAGGUUCCCAUGAUGAUAAUGAUGCUGACAAUAGAAAAGAGAGGCACAAAUGGAAGAAGAGCAGAGACAGAAAGUCAAGAAAAAGAUCUGUUUCGUCAUCGAGUGACGAGGAGACAACAAAGAAAAAAAAGAAACGCAGCAGGUCCUACUCCUCAUCUGAUAAAGAGAGGAGGAAGAAGAAAAAGAAACUGAAGAGCCAAAAGAAGAAAAGCAAAAAGAACAAAAAGGAGCACGGGAAGCAUCACAAGAAGAGACAGAAGAACAGAAAACAUGAAUCGUCCUCCUCUUCUUCGUCGUCUUCGUCGUCUUCUUCCAGCUCCAGUGAAUCAUCAGACAGUGAUUGAGACAACUUAACUGUAAUUAUUCUCCAGUCCAUGAGGACUGUGUUUAGCAGACAGUGUGUAAAUAAGGCACAUACAGUCAAAGAAUCCAAUGCAGAGAAAGGGAUUUGAAUACCUAUAAAAGUAUAAAAAAAGCACACAGAGUACACUGUACAUUGCAGAUAAAGGCAUUUUGGAAACAUGUACAAAGCCAGGGAACAUAUUCUGAUGUGUUUUUUGGGUCACACUGUAGAGUUAACAUCAAUACAGACCCACAGUCAUUUCACAUUGACAGUUUUUUUGAGUCUUCAGUGACAUGGUGCAGUGUCAUUCAUAUUACUGAAUAUCAGUGUAAGGUUUUUCAAGUCCAAUCAAGAAAUGUAAGGAAAAAGCCUGGAUAUCUUCAGUGUAACUGAGUCCUAUAAUAAGUCUGAAGUUCUAAGUUUCUGGAUGCUGUUCUUUUUUUUUGUUUGUUUGUUUUCUUUUGUUUUUUCUCUUACACACUUUGUUCCUUUUAAUCUUUCUCCUUGAGAUUUUACCAACAAACAUUUUUAAAAUGUCAAACGUGAAUGCAAAACAUGGUUCCACUCUCCACAAUCUCUGGUUUACUGGGGAUAAUAGCUAGGAUCAACAAUGACUAAUAGUUGUGGCUGACAUAAUGGCAACUGUUAACAACAAUCAGCUCAUUUCUUUGUCAGUACUAACUAGUUGGCAGCAGUUGAACCACUGACUACAUCAGUUCACAAAAGAGACUUUGUUUUUCUUUUUUUUAUGUAUAGAAUUGUUUAAAUGUUUAGACUGUACUUUUGCUCAGAUACAAUGAAACUCCUGAUGGUUCCUUAUAAGACAAUGUGGCUGCAAGUAAUGCAAAUGAAUUUUCUCAUUUAACCAACAAUAGCUUUUUGGAAACCAUCUGGACAUUUCAAAUAUUCAUUCCAAAACAUUUAUGUGUUGCAAAAGCUUGUUUAUUUUCUAUUCACAAUUUACCAUGGAUUCAGUCGGCCUUUUUUGGUCCUCCCCAAUAAUCGUUCUUUUAUUAUAAUAAAUAUAUAUUUGUAUCAAA